AUGUCUUCUUUCAGCAGUGUAACUGAUCUCAAACCUUUCAAAUCCAUGUGGAAGAUAAAGGUUAAGAUCGUUCGUCUUUGGAAGCAGUAUUCCCCUGCAGGAGGAUUAACAAUGGAGAUGGUCGUCGUCGACUCUAACGGAACCAAAAUUCAUGCUUCCGUGAAGAAGGAAUUGGUGAAUCGAUUUGAUCCCGUUCUGUCACAGGGUGAUUCGAAGAUUCUCAUCAACUUCUCAGUUGGUCACUCAUAUGGUUCGUACCGAACUACUAACCAUCCAUACAAGAUUUCUUUCCUUGAAACCACACGUGUGAGAAACUGCGAGUUGCCUAUUGUGAUUUCUGGGUUUGAUCCUGUAAACUACCGUGAUAUUAUUGAUGGGUCGCUCAAUUCGGACUACUUGGUUGAUGUCAUUGGGCAAAUUGUUGAAGUAUCUCCAAUUGAAGUUCUCUCAAUCAAUGGUAAAGAGACAAACAAGAUGGCCUUGGAACUAAGGAAUGCCGGUUUUGCAAUUGAUGUGAUGGAAGCUAUCCAAACGCGUAGUGAGCAUGCUAUUAUCUGUGUUAUCAGAUUUGGGAAAAUCAAAGUUUGGAAAGAUGAACGCAGUAUAUCAAAUGCAUACAAUGUCUCCGAAGUGCAACUAAAUCCACCCAUGUCUGAAGUUCAAGAUUUUCUUGCAGUGUUGCCCAAGGACGAAUUGUCUGUAGUAAUUGUCGAGGCAAAGCCAUUGUCUAUUUCUUCUGGUGUUUCUGAAAAGGAUGAUUUUUUUAUACACACCCCAAGAAAAACCAUUGCUCAGCUUUCUGAAUCUAGAGAGGUUGAGAAGUGUAUUGUGAUGUGCACCAUUGCAGGCAUUGAUCCUGAUAUGGGAUGGUAUUAUUUAAGCUGCAAAGUCUGUGCGAAGAAGGUUUUGAAUGUGCCGAAUGACGCUGUCGAUGAUGAGGAUGAUGAAAAUCCCAUGAUGUUUAGCUACUAUUGUUCUAAAUGCCAAGUUUCGAAUCCUAAACUUCUACCAAGGUACAAGCUGCAUUUGAUUGUUGUUGACGGCACCGGCACUUCGAAGUUCCUCCUAUUCGACAAUCUUGCAAUUCAGUUAAUUCAUCAGCCUUGCCUUGAAUUGGUUGGACCGAAUGUUGAUGAGAUCGAGGAACCGGAUCUAAUACCUCUUCCUCUUCUGAAUUUGGUUGGAAAGACAUAUUUGUUCAAGGUGGGUAUUGAAAGAGAAAAUUUUCUCUAUAAGAAUGGCACUUACAAAGUAACUAAGAUUAUCACCAGCGUUGAUAUCAUCAGUGAGUUUGAUAAAAAUUCGGACCCAAAGAUACCAUGUUUAACUUACACAGAAGACAACUCUAUUAUAUCGGAUGCACCCGAGGGUUCUCUCAUGGUAUCUCCUGCGUCUUCUGGUGAAGGAGAAGGAAGUGAUAUCACUCCCGCAAAACGCAGAGGAACACCUAUUGUUAACUUGGAGGAAGCAUUUGAUCAGAGUUCUGUUACAAGGACACCGUGUACAACUCGAAUCAAGAAGGAAAAGCCUGAUAAAAGUGGCUGA